AAGGCGGGAGUGCGGUGGGGCGCGCGCGGGCGCCAUGUUGGCGGAGGACGACGUCUGGGAUUAUCGGCUCCUCCGGAGGUCGGUCAGACCUGCCGGGCCGAAGGAAGGGUCUCCGGGGAGACCGGCCGGAGCCCGUGCGUCUCCCCCGGGAGGAGGAGGAGGAGGCCGCCGAGGCCGAGGCCGCGGUCGGGCUCGUCGGCCCCGCUCUCCUCCUACGGCCGCUCCCGACCCGAAAGCCGCCCCUUCGCCUCAGCUCCCGGGCCCCGAGGAGGGACGGACCCCGGCGAAGCGCAGGCCGGUCCACAGCGGUCACUGCCCGCUCUGCCAGAUGCCCCUGUCCCUCCUGCUGGUGCAGACCCCCCGGUGGCACGUGGCCGAGUGCGCGGGCCUGGAGGCACCGGGCGGCACACGUCAAGAAUGCCCAGAUGGGAUGCUCUGUGAUACUACAAUCCCAAGCCACUACAAGCGUUACUCCCAUUUUCUACUUGCUGAAAGUAGAGCUAUGACCCAGAGUGCCUUUGAAUCCACAUUCUGCAAUAGUCCAUUGAAAGACAUUAUUUCACCAGACCCAUACCACAGCCAGCAAUCCUCAAAGACCAGUCCAUCUGUCUACAUUAAAGACAGUUCUGCAAGCAAAAAUCAGAAUGCCCUUCUGCUGCUAAAAUCCCCUUCCACGAAAACCGUCAAGGAAGCUUCCAGUAAGAAAAUAGCUCAAAGUACAAGGGGGAAUAAAUCGUCACCUGAAAAGGGUUUAAAGCAAGAUGUAACAAGAUCACAAACAUCUCCGCUUUAUGCAGUACUGCAUAGUAAUUCAACCCAACAAUUGCCUGGUACUGUUUCACAAUUGGCAACAAAAGAAGAGUUUGGAAGUAAAAUGGGAAGAUUAUUUGGUGACAGGAGAGACAAUGAUACAGUAUUGGAGGUGAAGAGCUCAGAUGAAGAUUCUGUUAUAUCCCUUGUGCCAACUGCUGACUAUGAUGAGGACAGUAUCUCAUAUUCACCACUUUGCAGCGAUGAUGACAUUCCAGGGCAGAUCAGGUUCUCUUUGACAAGGAAGAGAUUGUUUAAUACUGAAGCCUUUAAUCAUGACUGCAAGAGUGACGAGGACAUUUUUUCUGACUUUAAAAAGCUUAAUGAAAGCAAAGAGGAACCGGAUUUUAAAUAUGCUGGAUUUGAUCUAACCCAUGUUAAGAAAGUGGACGAUAGCAGUAGUGGCUGCAACAGUGAUAGUUCUGAUCAAUUCACUGACAGUGCUAAUAUUCAAACCAAGAGACGAAACAAAAAUCUAAAGCGUAUUAAAACACAAGUAAAAGCUGUGUUUUCAGCACAAGCCCACAUCCCAGUGGAUGGUGGAAUACUUAAACAGGAAGGUAAUGAGUUUGAACCUCAUUUAUCUGAGACAGACUUGAUUAAACCUGCACAUUCAAAUUUAGACUGUUCACUUCCUCUUAAAAAAAAUGCUGAUCGUUCACUGAAAACUAUGCAACUUAAACAAGAAACAGGUGAAUCUAUCCAGUCUGCUCCACGUCUUCCAUUAGAGAGACGUGACCAAACAGAUAAAGCCAAAGUAGAUAAUUACAGCCUUCUGGCCGGAACUUCAUUGAGAGUUAAUAAGCAGCCCUUAGGUUUGUCUUCAUCUGUGGCUGUGAAAGAAGCAAAUGCCUGUUCUGUUACUGGCAUUGCCUCACACAGUGGUGGAUUACAAAAGGACAGAACUCAGGCUUUGGAAAUGGCAUCUCAGAACGUUUUGGCAAGAAACAUUAUCAGAAUCCCCCAAAAGACUGUUGCGUGCAAGGGAUUAAAACAGAUGGAUAUUGGAGUCUUCUUUGGACUUGAACCAAAAGCAAAGGCAGAGCAAGAGCUAGCAAAAAGUACAACUGAGACAGCAGCCAAAGAAUUGAGCUCUGAGAUUUCUUUCAAUGAGAAAAGGCCAAGGCAGAGGAAGAGGAAAGCAGGAGAUUCUGUUGGCAAUGGAGAAGAAACUCUAGGUCUUGUAGGUAGCAUUCCCCCAAAAGAGCUAGGGACUAGAGAAUCUAGGAGGUCAAAACGAUGGAAGGGUGAAGUGAGUACACCUGGAAAGAAUGAAAGUGAAACUGAAAAAAAUGAAAAUGGCACUAAAAAGCAUGAAAACGGAACUACAAAGAAACCGUGUCCUUUUUACAAGAAAAUUCCAGGAACCUAUUUUACUGUGGAUGCCUUCUGCUAUGGAGUUAUUGAGGGUUGUACUUCUUACUUCCUUACCCACUUUCAUUCAGAUCAUUACAGAGGCCUUACCAAGAAAUUCAAAUGUCCUAUCUACUGCAGCAAGAUUACUGGCAAUUUGGUGAGAUGUAAACUUCGAGUGGAGGAUGAAUACAUUAAAACAAUACCGAUGAACACUGAGUGUAUCGUGGAUGGAGUUAAGGUUGUGCUUCUGGAAGCAAAUCACUGCCCGGGUGCUGUCAUGCUGCUGUUCCAACUUGCGAGUGGUAAGCUCCUAUUGCACACCGGUGAUUUCCGAGCACAAACCUCUAUGGAGCGCUACCCUCAUCUCCUGGGACAGAAAGUUCACACUCUGUAUUUGGAUACCACGUACUGCAGUCCAGAGUAUGAUUUUCCAUCUCAGCAACAAACCAUCCAGUUUGCUGCUAGUGUUGCUUUUGAAGCUGUGACGUUGAAUCCUAGGACACUGAUUGUCUGUGGCACCUAUUCAAUUGGGAAAGAGAAAAUAUUUCUAGCUAUCGCUGAUGUUCUGGGAUUUAAGGUCUGUGUGUCCCGAGAUAAACUAGCUAUUCUGCAGUGUUUGGAAUCUGAGCAAGUGAACUCUGCUAUCACUGUAGACUGGGAAAGCUCACAAUUUCAUUUACUACCGAUGAUGCAAAUUAAUUUUAAGGGUUUACAAGCUCACAUAAGUAAGUUUCCAGGAAAGUAUGACAAGAUUUUGGCAUUCAAACCAACUGGGUGGACAUACUGCGGUCAGAGUGUCGCACUAUUAGAUAUCAAGCCUCAAAUCCGAGGAAAGAUCACCAUAUAUGGUAUUCCUUACAGUGAACAUAGCAGCUAUCUUGAGAUGAAAAAAUUUGUCCAAUGGCUGCAGCCGGUUAAAAUAAUUCCUACCGUUAACAAUGGAAACCGGGAAGAGAGAAAUCUAAUGGAAAGAAUAUUUAGAGACUGGAUGAUUGAAGCGGCUGAGAGGAAGAUUACUUGUCCUGACUUGAGUCAGCCUUUGCUAUAAAGGCUAAGGAAGCUGGCACAAGUGUUCCAUUUGGAUGAGUUGAAGUAAAUCUUACUGUAAGAAGCUUUAUGCUUUGUGCUGUUUUGAUUUUAUUCUUUGUUUUUAUCUUGAGACAUUUUGAAUGUACCCUGAGGAUUAGAAAUGAGCUGUUUGUUCAGCGCCUUUUUCUGAACAAUUAGCUGAAAGUGCAAUUUCUUUCUGAGAAAACUUGGGCAAUAUAUUGGUAUUAUUCCUGAAUGUUAUAUAGAAAUAAAAUAUAGCAAAGUGAGAGAACCAAUUGAGAAAACCUUGAGUUUUCUGUUAUUUAAUGUGAGAGUGAGAGAGCGAUUUGCAAAGUCCUGCAUAAAAUGUGUUUGGAUUUUAAGUAAAUCAGUCAUAUAUCUCUUGUGACUUGAUGUUACAACGUUGUUGAUUUUUUUACAUAAAGCAGAUUGUAUAUGAUUUAGAUUAUAAUCUAUUUAUAAAUGCUGCCAUAGAUCUUUUAAUAAAAAUGAAGUAAAAUAAGUUUUGAACUUAUUAAUUGAUAAAAAUAAAGAUGAGAGAAGUUGCCAUAA